GAGACAGAGAGGGCGAGUAAGUUAGGUUAAUUCAAUUAAAUUAAAUUGACAAAUCUGAGUAUUUUUCAUUCAUUUAUGAUGAAAGAUUAUAUUUUGGUCGUUCCCUCGUCAUCCUUCUGAAAUAACGCUGAGAUUUAAAAACAGAGGAAAGAUAACAACGAGAGAGAGAGAGAGAGAGAGAGAGAGAGAGAGAGACUAAGACCUUUCAGUCCUCACUCAGCUGCGUACACUCACAGCUACACAAUAUACAGUAGGUUCUUUAAUGGUUCUUUACAGCACCACAAGUUCUUCUGGUCACGUCAAGAACCGUUUGUCAUUGUAAGGUUCUUGACUUGCGCUGUAGGCUUCUGUGGAGAUUAACCCAUGAAGUUCUUCACGGUUCAUUAUAAGUUCUUCGGAGCGCUGCGUUGGUUUUUCAAGGUCUCAUCCCUGACCAGGUUAAAGGGAACCCUACUGCAUAAGGUUCUUUGUGGGAAUGGAAAAGGUUCUCCCGGAAGGCAUCUCUCUUAAGAACCUUACUUCGGAUCCUGAAAGCACUAACCAAAGGAUCACUGAAAUUUCCACCCAAUCAACGUGAACUUCUGUACGAAAAAACCCCCUCUGACAUCACCAUGGACUCCUCCCUCAACCUGAGCACAAUCGACAAGCCCACAUCCCUCCACGAAGCCUCAAACCAGUCGUGCGAUUUUCUCUCGCCCUCCGACUCUCACUACCAGAAGACCGUCAUUCCUGUUAUUUACUUUCUGAUCUUCAUCCUGGGUUUCCUCGGGAACACGCUGGCAGUCUGCGUGCUGGGACAGAAAUCACUGAGGUGCACCGUUGCCAACACGUACCUGCUAAAUCUGGCCCUGUCUGACCUCGUGUUUCUGAUCGGUCUUCCGUUCUGGGCGAUGCAGUACCUCCGGGAUUACGACUGGCCGUUCGGGUGGUUCAUGUGCAAGCUGUGCGGCUCUUUGACCUCGCUGAACACUUACGCUAGCAUCUACUUCAUCAUGGGAAUGAGCAUCGAUCGGUACCGCGUCAUAGUCUACCCGCUGCACUCGCAUUGCACCGAGAGUGUGUACCGCGCCAGGACUGUGUUCCAUGCCAGGUGUGUGUGUGCCGUGAUCUGGGUCCUGGCGACGCUCGCAACCAUCCCGGCGUUUGUGUUCCGGGACACGCAUCACUCUGUUGAGUACAACAUGACGGCCUGUGUGAUGAACUUCCCCAACAGGCACUGGCACGGAAUCCUCACGCUUGCUAAGAACACCUUUGGCUUCCUGAUCCCAUUUAUCGUCAUAGCAACAUGCUACAGCCGGAUCCGGUGCCACCUGCUGACGUCCCCGGACUUGGUGGAACUUGAUUCGUCACGCUUGGAGCGUGUGCGAGUCGUUGCACUCGCCAUCAUCACGGCAUUCUUCCUCUGCUGGUUCCCAUUUCACACGUUGUCCUUCAUGGGCAUGUUGCAGGAGCUGGGCGUGAACUGGAGCUGCAAAGUCCAGCAGGUGAUAGGCGCCACGAUGGGUCCUGCUCUCUGCCUCGGCUUCGCCAACUCCGCCAUCAACCCUCUGCUCUACUGCUUCGUGGGGAAUCGGUUUCGCCAGCAGCUGCGUCGCCUCUGGGAGGCGAAAGUACAAACGAUCGGAAAGCAGAAGCGGGACUCUGUCAGCAUCCAGAUCAGCUCCUUCUCGCGAAAACUCAGCGACACCAAAGAUACAGUGGCCUCUGAUACUCUGGAGGACAAACUGUAAUUCAUAUACGAAACCAGACGGAACUUGCGGACGUUGUUUAUGACUGAGGUUAACGAUUUAACUAGCUAUCCACAGGUAUUAACCUCGAUUAUAUUAAAGCACAGUGACAACAGACAUGAAAACAAGCACAACUCUCAACGUUUCUCCUCAGAUAUGCCAGUCAGCUAGCAAGAAUGACCGUAAUUAUGACCCCACACCAAACAUCCGAGGCUUCUAACACACCAAGGAACGUCAACGGUACAGCAUAAGCAGUACAACACACCAAAAGAGUUCAAAGCGGACUCAAACGAACAACGAACACAAAACAGCGACCUCUACUGCACUGGAGGACAAACUGCGACUCGUUCCUGUCCCCCCAAGAAGGACAUUAGUGAAACGUGCAUGCAUAUGUAUAUGUCUGUGCUUGCUUUCAGUUCCCCCUGUCUUUUACUCAUCAUGGUGGCCUCUAAUGGUGUGGAGGGCAAACUGCAGGACUUCUCAUCGGUUUAGAAUAGCACACGAUCUAGAUCUAGACCUCUCUCCGAUGUGAAAGUCAUACGAGCGCACUGUUGUACCGGAUUCAGGAUGGUUCCCAUUUCAGCUAGAACCCUAUGUAGUGUGCUCGAAGCCAAGUACGAGUUAUUUAAGACAUGAGCGCUGAGUAGUGAGAUAUAUAAAUGAACACAGUGUUUCACCGUUUGUUUUUGAUUACUGUAACAUGGACCUAUUUAGCAUUUAGCACGCAUCACACCGUGUUUCAGGGAAGAGAUGUUGCGCGGAAUAGCGCUAACAUGGUAACGAUCAAUAAAACCUCGUCGUUAGAUCGCGAUAAAGGCACUUCAGAAAUACGCUGCGCUCCCGUAGCCUGCUUAGUAGGUUAGAACGACGUCUAGCUAGCUCGCGGGCUAAUUCACGGUUAGCAGUAUAGCACUUGCGCUCAGAUAAAGCAGAUGGGGUGAGAUCACGGAGACGGGCGCUCGACGAUUUCACGGCUCGUGUGGUGCCUGGGGCCACUAAUCAUCGGAGAAUGUCAGCAAUGAUAAAAAAAAUAAAAAACAUUGCACAAAAUGCAUUACAUCACUGAUCGAGACUAGUGCACACACACACACACACACACAGUGCAGAUAAGACCUCUCUGUGUGUUUUAUGGACGGGUUUAAUGUUCUGGACUGCUUUUCUUGCCUAAUCUGCUGGCAGGUUUAUUGUGUGUGUGUGUGUGUGUGUUUUCUUUUUGUCCUGGAAUUAACCCUUUUGUUCCCAACUUUUUCCUUUAAUUUUACACACAUAACACACACUAACACUAACCUGUCAGCUUUCGUUACUGGCUUAUAAACAAACAAGAUCUUUGCUAUUAAGCGGAAUAAUAAUAAUAAUAAUAAUAAUAAUAAUAAUAAUAAUAAUAAUAAUGCACACUUGUUUUAUAAAGUUUUUACCCAUCAAAGUUUCGUAACACAUUCGCAUGAUACGUUUUCAUGUUUUAAUCAUGAAAGAUAAAAAAAUUUUUAAAAAUAAAAAUAAAUAAAAAACAAAAAAGUUUUCUAAAAGGAAUGAAUUGAAACCGGACAAUAGCACACGGAUCAAAUAAAAGACGAGGCGGAAAUACCCUAAGAAGCUGAGCAUGCGAAUGUAGGAUUAAAACGAAAUAUUAAAACAUAUUUCCACAAGCAAAAACAAAAACAAGCAAACAAAUAAAUAAAUAAACAACACCACUAAUAUGCUACAUGUUGUAGAUCUGUUUAUAGUUUUGUCGUCCGUGUUGUAUUUCCGGUCGUCGUAAUGAAAUGUAGACGGGAUCGGAUUUCCUGCACACAGUGUCCGUCACAUCGUUGUUGUUAUUAACCAAAAACAAACAACAAACGUGUGUCUCAGACCAAAUAAAGCCGAAGCGCUGAAGUAUGAAAUGGAACGGUUCACGGUUCUCCUGGGGAAGUGUGAUGAUUGUUCACACUCUUCUGUGGAACAUGUGACACACUCAACAACGUACAAGUGGAUUUGUCUCUCAGUGACGGCUGAAAACAAACAAACAAACAAACAAACAAACAAACACAUAAAUACACGGUCCAUAAUGCAGUCCAGCUCCGAGUGUUUAACCUGAAACUUAUUUUUUUAAACUUCCUCAAUCCCUCUAAAAGUGUGUGUGUGUGUGUGUGUGUGCGCGUGUGCAUAAAUCAAUGCUAUAAUUUUACUCAGUAAUCCUAGCACUCUCAAGUAAAUUCAGUAUUAUAACGUAUUUCAUUUCAGUUGUACACUAUAUCUGAGCAGACUCAUAUUAAUGGAUAUUUUUUUUAAAAAUUAAAAGAAAAAUGUACUAAAUUUCUCUCUCUUUAACUUCACCUGCACCUGUUAAUCCUGUAAUCCUGAAUAUUAAAGACAGUCUUUUUGCUGUU